AUGAAAUGGGAUUGGGGGAUAAGGGGAUACGAGGGGGAGGGGGUUAAGAAAAGGUGUGAAGAAAAAAAAGUUACCUUUACGGCGGAAUCCGUUGUUACAAAAUCUUCUGGCAUAACUUCCGUUCCAUUAUACCAAGUUACUUUAGCUGCAGGCCGAGCACCGUAA